AUGGAUGAGUCGUUUGACGGAUUGGAAAACACAUUAACAUACUUGAACCUAGAGCAUAAUCUCAUUACGUCACUAGCUGUAGAUGUUUUUAAGAACUUAACUCAGUUGUUUUAUUUGAACUUGGCCAAUAAUUUAUUAUUUGGUUUGGAAAGAAAUCAUUUCAGCGGGUUAACAUCACUGAACGUUCUCCAGCUACAAAACAACAGGUUGAACAUGAUCCUCGGUGACAUGUUCACAGAGUUGCCAUCCUUAGGUGAGAUUUACCUGGCCAGCAACAACCUAACACGAAUGGAUGGGUUCAUACGGAUAAUGAACCUGAACGCCUCCUCCAAUCAAAUCUCAUCUCCAUCAAUCAACACAUUCAGCAACAUCGCAAUAACUCAAGCACUCGAUCUUUCAGAAAACAAAAUAGAAAAGAUAGCAUCUGGAACAUUCGGAAACAUGACGUCAUUGAAGUUUCUUUACCUCCAAAACAACGCCAUAACUUCGUUGAAUUUAAGCUGGCUGUCCGGACUGACCUAUCUCUCAUCUCUUUACGUGUCUGACAAUCUUAUAACCAGCUUGGAGAAAGGAUUCAUGAAUGCUCUUCCUCAUCAAAAUUUGAAAACAUUACGACUGAGCGGCAACCGUCUCAAAGAUUUGAGUAUGAAUUCCUUCACAUUCGCAUCUUCGCUGGCCAACUUGCAAUUGGACAGCAAUCAGUUGUCAGGUGCUCUCCAGGACAUCUUCAUCUACAUCAUCCAACUCACGUCACUCGCUUUGCGCAACAACAGCAUAACUUCCAUUUCACCAAUGUCCAUUCAACGACUUACAUCCUUACAAAAUUUGGACUUGAGCGACAAUAAAUUAACUAAAUUAGAACCCCAAACCUUCAACAUAAACGGCAGACUAUCCACUUUAAAUCUAUCAGGAAACUAUCUCGAAGAGUCAUCAGUAGAGACGUUAGCAGGCCUCAGCAGUUUGACUACUUUGGACAUUUCCAGGAACAAUGUACAAAAACUCGAACGAUCAACAAUUCAGACGAUUCCUAAUUUCGCCUUGCUGCGGAUGGGUUCGAACCCACUGAAAUGCAACGUUAAC